AUGGGGCGACAGCUUGAUAUUAUUGUCUUAGACAAUCACGGUUGUCAAAUGACAGAGUUUGGAGAAGCCGAUUUCAAAGACCUCGCUGAGACUCUUUGUAGUCUACCGAAACCUACCGAUGUUGCUCGCUAUGGACGACUGGCAACCACCAUACCUUGUAGUCAGUCUGCUUACCUUGGAUACUGCUAUCGCCAAUGGGGCGUGAUAGCCGGGUACCAUAACGGUCUCUACAUGGCUCUCAAGGAAACCGAAAAGUUCAAGGCUUUCAUUCUCUACUUGUCAACUGCGAAUUCGAUCACGAAAGCCGAUGUGUCCGCCUAUUUCUGCGAUAAAGACGGGGAGCGGCCAAACUCUGAAGCGCAAGAGUCUACCAUCAACCUCGCGCUACGCCUUUUGCUCAUGCUCAAAUUUGGACCUCGAGAUACCUGGAUGAAGGGCCCCGCCUAG